AUGGCGGAUGGAGCCGAUGACUUGGAGAAGCAAGCCCAGGAGAUGGCCGAAAAGGCCCUUCCAGCAAGUCUGCCUGAGGCUGCUCGCCGAGCCAAGCUUCCUGCUGUGAAGCAGAAAAUCUUGGAGCGGCUCAAGGCUCAGAAAGCUGAACAAGCCGCAAAGCCUUUGGCCAAACCAGGGGGAGCGCCUGCUGCUCCGGUAGCUGGAGCGCAGGUGCCUGGUCACGUACCUCCUCCCCCGCAGCCACCGGCACCGCCACCUCCACCUUCAGACGUGGGCGUCGCCAUAGUCAAACUCGACGGAGUGGAGAUCUGUGGUGACGAACCCUGGUUCGCAGACGCAGUCAUUCGACGUCGGCUUCGCGAGUCUGUCGCGGAUGCCCACAAGGAGCAGAAGAUCCUUGUCGGACUGCCAUCAGAUGAGGUGGUGAGAAUCUGUCCGGAGGACGGUCGAGUCCCUUUCGCUGGGGCCGUGCUGCGGCUUGGUGGUGCUCAUCUGGGUGGCUACGGGGAGUCAGACAUUGCCUACGCAUACCGCCAGCUUUCUCGUGCGCUCCACCCGGACAAGAACCCAGAUUUGGGGGACAAGGCUCAAGCUGCUUUUCACAGACUCUCGGAGGCAUCCGAAGAACUUCGGCAAGGACUGCAGGAGCAACGACAUGCUUUGAAACUCAUCGUUGGCGUCAUGGGUGGCACGGCCACUGAGAUGAUGCUCGAGAGGCCGCAGGAGGCGUUGUUUGCAGAAGCCAGUCGACUGCUCUGUGCAGUCUGUGGCAUAGUCACCGAAGGGGAAGUCUCAAACGUGGCACAGGGGCGAGCCCGUAUCAAGUUUGAGCGAUCUUCUCGAAUGUUCUACAGCUGUCACAUGCAGACGCUGAUGACAGAGUGGUUUGAAAAGACGCAUCUUCUCGAUCUUUACGCCAGCGUGCCCAUCAGGACGGCGUACGACUGUGCUCCCAAAUGCUUCCGAGCGCAGUUCUUGUGCCUCCUGAACAGGGCAGCUAUGGCAGAGGCGAAGCGCUUCAACGACUGUGUACGGGGCAGCUGGCCGAAAAUUAUGCAGACGUUUCCAGAGAUGAGCCUUUGGCGCGAGCUGCGCCAGGCCAUCCACUCCCAUGUCUGGGACAGCAGCGCGGAGCCCGUGCAAGCGCCUCCAGAGGAAGUUCCAGCAGAGCACGGCAAGCGGAGCAGGAGCAGGAGCCGGAGAAGGAGCAGGAGUCGAAGCCGUCGUCGUAGAGACAGGGACGACAAAAAGGGCCGUCGGUCGAACGACGAUGAGGUGGACGACGGCCGACGCCACCGAGAUGAUACGAACUGGUAUGAACGCAAUCCGAUUCGAAGCCGUGGCCGAGGCUCCAUGGCUGAACGGGAACGGAAAAGAGACUUGGCUUGGGAGGCCCGCUGGACGACCAGCGAUGAAGAUGGGCAGAAGCCAUCGCAAGCAGAGGAGUCUGCCGAGCUCCCGCCGAUGCGGGAUGCGCGCGAGGUCAUCGCUGUCCAUCCAACUGCCGGUUGGAGGGCUUGCAAAUGGGCGCGGAAGUGGAGAUCUGCCAUGGCUGCGAUCUUGCCGAGCGGUUUCGACGCUGCAGUUCCCCUAACCGAUACAGAGGUGCGUAAACUCGGCCUCCUCCUGUGGAAGGACAUCGUCAAAUGGGUGCAGGAGACUGAGGGAAAUCGCUACCUGGGCCUCUUCAGAGCUGACCAUCAAACAUCCAAGACGUUCGGUUGGGAUGGCAAGGAGAUGCCAACGUCGCGAGGGUUGGAGCCCUUAGAGCCCGGGCAGAAUUCGCCAGAGUGGUCCUUCGUUCCCGUAACGGAUCUGUUUCUAGUGGUGGGAGAAGGUCUCGUCGGCGUGACCACCGAGGGCAUCUUUGCUGAAAAGGCAAAAGGCCAGAAGAGAACAUGUCUCAGGGAAUGCUACAAGCCAAAGCAGCUCACCGACCAGAAUGGUGCCGACAAGGGCGGGCCACGCAACUGCCUGCAGGCCACAGCUCUGCGACGCAAACUUCUGUUCAAGUGUAGAGAAUGGCUUGUGGUGUGUUUUGCACGUGACUGGGCAAUGGCUUAUGGAAUCUCCAGGCCGCCGCCGGCCCUCCGAUGGCAGAGCUUGGCCCAGGCCCAGGCAGACAGAACAUCUCCGCGCCCGGCGGCACGGAAUGCACAGAAAAUCGGUGCAGGCAAAGAUGUGCGCAGAGGAACUCAAUCUGUUAUGGUACAGAGAAUAGCUCUGAGCACAUGCUGUUCGUGCCUUCUGCGCAGAGGCAUGCGCCGUGCCUGCAGUUCGCAACCGGGCAAAGCCGCAGCCGGGGAAUCUUCUGGAGAGGAAGGUGAUGGUGCUCAGGGCAGUGCUUCCAGAACUCCGAAUGACAGGGACGUGGAUCCUGAGUUUACAAGACAGUUUAAUGCGUAUAUUUCAGCUUAUUUCUUACCUCACCGCAGGCUGUGGCGCUGGUGUCGUCCGAAACUGGCAGGACUUCUGCCACAGACCUCGAAGCAGAGGCCAAGUGCUCUUCAGCGGAGCAUGGCUACGCUUGGGUACCUUCUUCCUUUGGCAGGAGCUUUGCGCUUAUUGACGCCAGCAUUCGCACGUGGCGGUGCAGCAGCGAGUUUGUGGAGCUUUCUCAUGGUUCUGACGGCACCCGUGUCUUCACCGCUGGGGGCGCUCACAGCAGCGAGCUGGCUUGUGUGUGGAAUUACCGACACGCACGCCGUCCCGUCGAGCUUUGUUAGAAGCCACUUCCGGCAGGCGCUCCUGCUGGCUUCUUUGUCUGCUCUGCUUGCAUUUCAAGAACGCACCGGUUUCUCUCCAGAAGCCGCGACUGGCUUGGAAGGGCCAGUGCCGCUUGUGAUUUCUGCGAUGCGGAGUGGCUUGCUAGGUGCACUGAUGCUGGUGUGGCUUGUCUCCGUCUUGUUCUGCCUACUUGGCAGAUACUCAGUUCCGACAACAGACUCCAGCGGCUCCAGUCAGCACGUGGAGGGCUGA